CUCAAUGCCUCGCGCGGUGCUUGCCCGGCAGCCUCAUGGGCGCGGCCCAGAUGGCCUCCGUCGACGCUUGCGGCUGCUAUAGUACCCCUCGCGGGCCCUCGUGAGACAGGGACGCCUUCAUCGGGUUUCAAGGACGCCGAGGAGCAUUAUUCCUGGGGCUGCUUUCGAACGUCGCCAAGGACUUAAAGACUGCUGCCAUGGCCGCCUUAAUCCACUCUCCAUCCACUGCCUUCACUGCCUUUCAUCCGAAGAUCUCUUCUUGGGGCUUACGUUCCUUUUUGUCCUUCUACCUUCUUUUCCAGAUCACGUUGAGCGUGUCUGUUUUUGCCCCAAUUAUAAUCUCCGCAAGACGGUAUUCUUUCUUUUACUUGUGCAUACUUUCACAGCCAUCGCUCGUCUCCGUCACCUUACACCAUCAUGCGAUUCACUACCGUUAUUCCUAUGUUGGCUCUAGCAGCCGGGCUGGUCAACGCCCAAUCGGCAGUCAACAACAAACAGAAUGGAGGCGGUAACGCUGCUUCUGCAACUGGCUCCCUUACGUUGAAUCCAGACGUGAUUCAAAAGACGGACAAUGGUCUCGCUGAUGCGGAGCCCGGCCAAGCGGCUUCCCUGACUUCAAACAACAACUUCAUCGACUUCUGUGAGGGCAAGGAUAUAACCAACGGCUUGCAAACCCAGACAGGCUCAUGUAACCCCAUUCCAAUGGGCGACAUUCCAGCGAAGAACAAGAUGAUUUCGGCAGCUUUCGUCUCACCAACUUUCAACGACACUGUUGCAGCAAACAAAAAUAUCACCUUUUCCGUCCAGGUUACGAAUCUCAAUGCUGGCACAUUUACAAACCCCGACAACACAUACUACGCAGCGCCUCAACAAAUCGGCAGCAAUGGCGCGGUUAUCGGACACACUCACAUCACCGUCCAGGACCUGCAAGGAGAUAUAGAGACUACUACGCCUCCCGACCCAACCGUGUUUGCAUUCUUCAAGGGCAUCAACGAUGCUGGCAAUGGGAACGGUCUUCUAAGUGCCACCUUGUCUGGCGGCCUCCCAGCGGGAGCUUACCGUGUCUGCUCUAUGACCUCGGCCAGCAAUCACCAGCCUGUGCUCAUGCCUGUGGCUCAACGUGGUGCUCAAGACGACUGUGUACGGUUCACAGUAGCUGAUGGGGCAGACAAUGGAAAUACUGGUAACGGUGGCAACGCCGGAAACGCUGGCAAUGCUGGAAACGCUGGCAAUGCUGGCAACGCAGGCAAUGGUGGAAAUACAGCGACAAGCAGUGUGGCAGCAGCUAAGACCACGGCCACGGCCACGGCCACUGCUGGAGGCAACGUCGCUGGUGGAAAGGGACAAGGUGGCAAAGGUGGUCAGCGCUUCGGUCAAGGUAAAGGCGGCCGUUUUGGCCGACCCAGGAAGUUCACAGUACGCGAGUUCAUUGCGUAGAGGCUUGCGUUCACCGACCAAGAGAUACUGAGGAAACGGGACUGACAGGGGAGGAUUGAUUCACGAGCUGAAGAGGAUUGGUGGAGGUGGUAGGUGCUAAGAUGUAAUGCUUCUUUCUUGGAACGUUUCUGGACUACAUCAUGUCGCAUAAAUCUUAUCUUCCUCCAGCGCGAAGCUUAGCACAGGACGGAGCAAUGCCUUUCCCCUGGUUCAAUCUUGCGUGGGAGUUAGGCUUUUUCAGUUUAGUCGCCGAAAGAUGAAAUGUAAAAUUAUUUUCUUUUUCGGAGCGUACAGAAGCAGAUGUGAUGCGACUUCUGAGCCAUCCCGCAUUUCUAGUGCAGCCGUCAAGUGCGAAGGUGGACGCG